GCUCGGCAGCUGGACAGGGCGCUUUCCAAGAACCACCCGAAAUGCUCCCCGAGAGCCUCCCAGCUGUCCGCCAGCAACUUGGCACUGACGCUGCUGGCCUGGUGUGCCGCUGUCACUCUGGGCAGAAGGCCUGGAUGGAGAACACGGAGUGCCAAGCCCCCCGGCCUGGUCUGGCCCUGCGCCUCUUCCUCUGCUCCCUCCCCACACCAGUCCCUGUCUGCUCUGGCCCUCUCAGGCCUCCCGAACCCAGUUCCCCCGGCCCCAAGGAGCCCCCGCCAACAAUCCCACCUGGCUCAGCUGCUCCAGCCCGCAGGCUGCCCCGUCGAGGCUUCUAGCCUCAGGACGCUGAUCCCCUGGCCCCCCAACCCAGGCCCAUUCCAGACCUUGGCCCCAGCCGGGGCUUCCCUGCUCCCACAAAGCCCGCACCUCGGUCGCUUCCCUUCUAGCUCCGUAGGGUCUGCUGCCUUCAGCUCCCCCAGCCUGGGCCUCUGCGGUGCUGUCCCCAUGACCCUGCUUCUUGCCCGCCCCCAGCGCCCAGUACUCACACUCCUCACCACCCCCCUCUCCAGGACCUGGGUCAGGCAGCCGCUGGGACAGGGGACAGGUCCUGAGCGGGCGAGAACAGAGCCUGCUCUCCCCGGUCUCGCUCGCCGGUCAGGGAGCUGGAGGAGCUCCACCCGGUGGAAGAGCAGGACUCCGGACCCCAACUGCCUACCCUUCCCUCCGCCGGAGCCUCUGGCGUCUGUCCCUUCUCGCUGUCGGCCCUCCUCGCCCCCACCCCCCACGUGACCCCGCCCAGCAGGCCCUGCCCAGGCUGCUGCCACCGACCCACAGGCCCCGGGUCUGCACCCCAGGCUGGCGGCAGGACUGUCCUGACAGCGGGGACGGCCAGCCAGCUGGUUCUCUUCAGGGGCACGCACCUCCCCCAGCACCCAUCCCUGUAACCCGAGCUGCUCGCAGCGCCUCCCCGUGCAGCCCCACUGGGCCCGAGGCCCCGACAGUGAAUCCGCAGGCGCCAUGGGCCUCGGGGCCUGCAUGUCCUCAGCGGCGUCGGGGGCCCAAGUCCAGGCCCGCCGGCUGGAAGCUGUGCUGGGCGCCCUGUGCCUGCUGCCCGCGCUCCUGCUGCUGGCCCGGCUCGGGGCCCCUGCCGCCCGGUUGGGGGCCAGCGGGGCACAGUUCUUUUUCCAAGCUUUUCCAGACGUGGGCGUGGCCCUGCUGUGGCCCCACGUGCGCUCGCUUUCCUUGAAGGGGGCCGUCGCCGCACCCGACGAGGCGCGUGUCUUCGCCACUCCAGGACCCGGUCCUCCGCCCCUCCAGGUGCCCCGCAGACGCCGCUACACGCUGACCCCAGCCAGGCUGCGCUGGGACCACUUCAACCUCACCUACAGGAUCCUUUCCUUCCCGCGGAACCUGCUGAGCCCCAGCGAAACCCGGCGGGGCCUGGCUACCGCCUUCCGCAUGUGGAGUGACGUGUCCCCCUUCAGCUUCCGAGAGGUGGCCCCUGAGCAGCCCAGCGACCUCCGCAUAGGCUUCUACCCGGUCAACCACACGGACUGCCUGGUGUCCGCACUGCACCACUGCUUCGACGGCCCGACGGGCGAGCUGGCGCACGCCUUCUUCCCUCCGCACGGCGGCAUCCACUUUGACGACAGCGAGUACUGGGUCCUGGGCCCCACGCGCUACAGCUGGAAGAAAGGCGUCUGGCUCACCGACCUGGUGCACGUGGCGGCCCACGAGAUCGGCCACGCGCUGGGCCUGAUGCACUCACAGCACGGCCGGGCGCUCAUGCACCUGAAUGCCACUCUGCGCGGCUGGAAGACGCUGUCGCAGGACGAGCUGUGGGGGCUGCACCGGCUGUACGGCUGCCUGGACCGGCUCUUUGUGUGCACAUCCUGGGCCCGGAGGGGCUUCUGCGACACCCGCCGCAGGCUCAUGAAAAGGCUCUGCCCCAGCAGCUGUGACUUCUGCUACGAGUUUCCCUUCCCCACCGUGGCUGCCACCGCGCCGCCGCCCAGAACCAAGACCAGGCUGGUGCCCGAGGGCCGGAACGUGACCUUCCGCUGUGGCCAGAAGAUCCUGCACAAGAAAGGCAAAGUGUACUGGUACAAGGACCAGGAGCCCCUGGAGUUCUCCUACCCCGGCUACCUGGCGCUGGGCGAGGCGCACCUGAGCAUCAUCGCCAACGCCAUCAACGAGGGCACGUACACGUGCGUGGUGCGCCGGCGGCAGCGCGUGCUCAGCACCUACUCCUGGCGGGUCCGAGUGCGCGGCUGAGCUGCCCGCGGGGCCAAGGCCGCUCAUAAAGCACUUUCUCUCUGAA